AUGGUGUUGAUCACCGUCGUGUGCUGCAGCCCAGAGAAGAUCCGGCAGAUGAUCAUUCGCAAGGGUGGUGAGACGGUGCAGGGCGUUGAGAUCCUACUCGACAAGCCCAAGGAGCCUGAGAAGAAGCCCGAGAAACCGCCGGGAACCCCGAAGGUUACCGAAGUCAGGGACGUUGGGCAGCCAGAUAAACCUAAGGAUAAAACAAAGACCCAAAGAAAAGAAGAAAAGCACAAGCCACCUGCUCCACUGAAGCCUCUACAGGAGGUGCCCGAACCGCUGCCCCAGAAGGUGCCAAUUCCGGUGGCAGGCUACCCACCAAUGCCAGUAUCUUCGAUGGUGCCGGUGUCUCCAAUGGUGGGUGUUUGUUGUUGUCCACCAGGUUAUGGAGGGUAUGGUGGGAGACCAUGCUAUUGUGGGCGGAGGAGGCCAGUGAUGUGCUUUGAUGGAUGUGGGAGACCAGCUGAUGAGUGUCAAGGUGGGAAUAAAGGUUCCUAUCAUUGGCAGGGGAGGCCAGUGUUGUGCGAUGAUGGAUGUGGAAGACCGACCGGUGAGUGUCAAGGCGGGAAUAGAGGUUUCUAUCCUUGGCAAGGGAGGCCAGUGAUGUGCGAUGAGGGGUGUGGAAGUCUGGCUUGUGAGUGUCCGGGUGGGAAUAGAGGUUACUACGUGAGCCGAUGUGAUUACUUAAGUGAAGAAAAUGCCGCCGGAUGCACCGUCAUGUGA